UUUGACUCGUUCUUUCCAGAUAUCUCUGCUCGUUUCUUCAGCUCUUUGGCUUUGCCUCGCGUCGCCUGCAUCCGUCAAGAUGAUUGAUGAUGAACAGCUGGGGUUUCUUGCCAAUUUUCUAGGCAUUUUAAUAUUCGCGCUGGUUAUUGCUUAUCAUUAUGUGACGGCUGACCCAAAGUAUGAAGGGAACUGAAAAAAGGGUAUGCAUAAAAACUAAUGUAUGCAACUUUUAGAUAAGAACUUAUAGAUUUACUUCUGGAAUGUUACUACUAAAUAUUGGCAUUUAGUUGAAUUUUCUUUAAGAUUUUUAGCAUAUAACCAUGUUCUCCAAUGGCAUUAAGUGAUAUUUUGUUAUU